GGCGAUUGUGGUGGGGGCUGGGUCAAUUGUGGUAGAGGCGACGGCAACGGUGGUGGUUGGGGCAGGGUCAAUUUUGGCGGAACUGACGGUGACGAUGGAGCCGGGGUUGAUGGCGGUGGUAGGUGCUAGCCCUGGCAGAGGGCAGGGCUGGGCUGGGAUUGUAAAACAGAAAAGAAAUGAAGGGUAUAUUAGACAUUUCACUUCCAAAGUCAACACUUCAAAAAAAUGAGAAAAAGUCCAAAUGGGAAGAUUUUUCCCGGACGGAGGGAGUAAUAGAUCUUGAAAGGAUAACUCACUCCACGUUCUCCAUUUCCAAAUACUCCCUCCUUCCAAAUUCAAAGUUCUCAUUUUCCUUUUAGUCCGUACAUAAAUAAUGUUCUCAUUUCUUUAUUUGGCAAAAUUUUAAGUAUAAAAUGACUUAGAUACCCUUGAAAUCUCUAAAACUUUCCCCUCCCCCUACGGAUUUACAACCACUCAUCACAACCUUAUCUUUAUUUUUCAAUCUCAUUUCUUCAACUUCCUUACCCAGCCGGCCAGCCCCUUCUUCCUCCCUGCAUCUUCUCCACUUUCUUCUUCUUCUUUUUCUUCAUUUCUUCUUCCCCUUCUUCAAUUGUUUUCCCCCUUUUUCAAUUCUGCUUCUCCUUCUUCAAUUCCUGCCCGUCACUGACAUAACAAGCAUCAUAUUCCCUCAAAUUUUUCAACUUCUUUCUCUUCCCCAAGAUCUGACCACCGAAGAUCUGAUGUCGUUGGAGAUUUUAUGGAGCUGCUUGGCGAGGAGCAACGGUGACGAAGAUCUGAUCAAAGAUGUACAGAGGUGUGUAUGUGAUGGAGGAUGUAAGGUGUACGGACGUGGUGUUGAGUUGAAGGAGGAGGAAUAGUGAGUUGAAGAAGGAACAUUAAUUUUGGACGGAGGGAGUAUGCCAUAAAAACAGACUCUUUCUCAUUUAGAGCACUUCGUGUAGUCGGAGGAAAUCCAUCUGUUGAAGCGCCACAAUGUUCCUUAUUCUGCACACUUUGUAGCUGGAUUUGGAAAUCCAUCUGUUGAAGCGCCACAAUGUGGACUGGGGUACAGCAGAGCGCGUUCUUGGAUUAUUUUUGGUUUUUCCCUGUGUGUAAAUCAGUCCCAAGGGAAACGAGAGGCAGAGAGCUGAAACGUGAAUCUUCUUCCAUCACCUACUAUACCUUUGUGAGCUCUCAUCACCAUGGGAUCCUGUUUCAGCGCUGGAAAACUGCAAAAUCCAGAAUCAUCAGAGGUGGUUUUGGCAUCUUUUAUGAAGGAUUCAUAGGUGAAAAUGUUAGAGUUGCAAUCAAAGAGCGUGAUCUUGAAAGCAAACAGGGCAAUGGUGAAUGGCUGACCUCUGGUGAGAAACAAAUUUGCAAUAAACUGCUUAAAAGAGGGAGUCGGGCCUUGAUGAAGGUUUUGGUCCACUGGGAGAAUCAGACAGGUGAGGAGGCUACAUGGGAGUAUUCAGAUGAGAUGUUGCUGCAAUUUCCAAAGUUCAUUGAGCUCACUUCUUGAGGGCAAAAGAUAAAUCCUAUACACACUUAACAGUUUCAGUACAUGGCCUCCGGCAGCCUUGAGGAACACCUGUUUUCUGAAGUGUGCCCUAUUGUGACAUUAUUGAAAAGAAUGAAGAUUGCAUUGGAUGUUGGGAGGGGGCUUGCUUUCCUUCAUCGUGCAGACAGGCAGUAAUAUAUAGGGACUUCAAAGCCGCAAACAUUCUAUUGGAUGCAGUUAGUACGUAAUCAUUCUUUCAAUUAGUCAUCUAUGCAUGGAUUCGUAAGUUGAGGAGAGCAAACAUGAAGCAUGACUAGCAAUAAAGUAUGCUAUGUUCUAUACAGAUGGGCCCUUCAGAGUAGUUGUUGAGCUGUACUAAUAGUAGUUUAGAUAAAUUUGAUACCUCAGGAUUUGAAUGCUAGGCUUUCUGAUUUCGGGCUUGCCAAAGGUGGCCCUGUUGGAGAUCAAACUCAUGUCUCAACU